AUGGCCAAUUGCUACCCCAUCUUGGUGCUCCCCUGCAAAAGGGGCGGUAUUCCGUGUCUGACGCCGGAUCAGGCGAGGGCGAUUGUCAAGCAGGAAGAGCGGGUGAUAAGUGUAUCCAUCUUCGACGCAAGCGAAUAUGUGGAGCCCUGCAAACGGGCAAAUCAAGGAUUCGCAGAAUUCUGUGGACUGGGGGACUAUACUACCAUUCUCACUGUGCGUAGUCCCCACAUUGGCAUGCACGCCAGUGCCCCGGCGACGGAGGCAGGAUUGUCUGCGAAUCAUGAAAAGGGCCGCAUUUCUUUGGGUAUGGAAAAAUGGAAGGAAAUGGUUCUGUCGCUUCGCCCAACAAUAGCCAUUACCCCAUAUGAUUCUGUUUCAAUUCAUGAGCCGCAGGUAAAGCGCCGACGGACGGCGGUGGGCCGUUCAGUGAAAUGGGCAUUGUCCGCAGACUCCUUUUGUACCCAGGGUAACUGGAAGUUAAUGAAACCUGUAUGCGCUGUGGAAGAGAAAGAUAAGUAUAUUUUCAUGGAGGAACUUUGCCAAAAUGAGACGUUACAGGAGUAUACCGAACACGUAAAAGAGGCCGUCAAGAAAGGGCAGGUGAUGUGUACCGCCAUUUCUCUACCAGCCGUACUCAUGUGUUUGAGAGCUAAUGUGUGCUUUAUCGAGUGUGCACUCCCAUGGAUAUUGGCAGAGAAGGGAAUAGGCCUGGUGUUUGAUCUAUGUCCAGUGGAGGGUGUGUCUCCCACACGGUAUGAAACACAGAUAGACUUGAAUGAUGACUGCUUCACGGAAGAUAUUCGACCUCUUUCGCCAGACUGCAACUGUUACACCUGUAGACGUCAUAUGCGUGCAUAUAUUCAUCACCUCCUUACAGUGCAGGAGAUGAAUAGUAAGACACUUCUGUUGAUACAUAACUUGACACGGUUAAUUCAGUUGUUGCGGUUGUAUCGACUCUCAGGAGCAGAGGAUCGUGCGGCGUUGCUCAAUUGGCUCCUCGCACAAAUUUGA